CUGACCGGAGGCAGGGGAGCAUCGAGCUGCACGAGACCACGGAUCCGCCGGCCCCUAUGUGCGUGCAUAUGUACUCCCAAGUUUGAGUGCAUGCUUCCCUGGCUAGCAGCAGCAAGAUAGGUGGCCCUGCCCACCUCUAGUACAUAUAUACACGGAGAGACGGCGAUCGAUCGGCUGCAACGAUCGAUCCAUGGACAUCGGCGCGGAGACGCAGAAACCGGCGGCGGGGUGGGAGUGGAGGACGCCGGCGUCGAUGGUGCUGGUGCAGCUGUUCAUCACGGGGAUGAUCCUGCUGUCCAAGCUGUCCAUCAGCGGCGGCAUCUUCAUCUUCGCGCUCCUCGCCUACCGCAGCCUCUUCGGCGCCGCCGUCAUCCUCCCCCUGGCCCUCAUCUACGAAAGGGGCAAGUGGAAGGAGAUGGGCUGGCACGCCGCGGGAUGGAUCUUCCUCAACGCCUUCAUCGGGUAUGCAGUGCCGAUGAGCUUAUACUGCUAUGGCCUCCGUGACACAACACCAUCUUACGCCGUCAUCUUUGUGAACCUAAUUCCGCUGGCCACCUUCAUACUGUCGCUUGUAUUCAGGUACCAAAUUGCUUCAUUAUUUGUGCAUCACAAUAAACUUAGCAUUUAUUUAAAUCAACUCCUUGACAACCCACAAAAGGAUGCAAACUCGGGGGAUGGAUUCAAAUGUUCUAACUGCUAAUCAACUUUCAUUAUAUUUUUAUCUUAUUUUCGAACACACGUAUGUGGUAUAUAUGCUUGAACAUUUAAAAUGGAGACGUUGCGAAUCUGGAGUGUGGUUGGAUCGCUGAAGAUCACAGGCGUUCUGUUCUCUGUUGGAGGCACAAUGCUCAUUAGCCUUUACAAGGGCAAGGCGUUGCAUCUCUGGGAUCCCAUCCUGAAGAUCGACCCCAAGGAACAAACAACCGAGGGUGCAGGCAAUCAACUAAGAGGGACAAUAUUCUUGGUAGGCAGCAGCUUCGCAUAUGCUUGCUGGUACCUGAUCCAGGUGACCGUCCAUGCAGUGACAUGUUGCUGGUAUCCCUCGUUCUUUGUGUUAAGUACGUUGCAUUAUUUAGUAUACGACUUGGGAGAUGUAUGCUCAUUUAAACAGUACGUAAAACUAAACCUGAACCCAGCCCUCUCACGCCCUGAGCCAUUUCAGCCGUCAGAUUUCAUGUUAGGCAAAUUGACAUCCCAGUGUUUGUAUUUUUCCUGGCCCAGUUGUUCUAAGGGAUUGCUACUCCAUGAGGAAAUCUGAGAUGUGGUUCACUUGGCCUUUUCGACGACCCAUUUAUCACUCGCAAUAGCAUGCAUGCUUGUUGAGAGGAGAGACAUGAGAGUAUGGGAGUGAGUUUAUUACUUGCAUGCAUUCUAGAGAUGGAAGCGACAUCAUUGAGAUUGUUAAUACAUCUAAAUUUUCAAAAAAUAACAACUCAAAAACUAUGCCAUUAAGUUAAGAUCCCUGUUCACUGUCAUCUUUCACUAGUAGAAAAGAGGGC